AACCCUCUCUGCUUCGAUUUCAGACUUUCAGAACUCAAAAAGCAUUCAUUCUAUUCUAUUCCUCUCUUCAUCUCUCCUUCUGUUCUCUGUGUUGCGUUAGAAAAUGGUGAACGCUUCAGUGAUUCGCAACGUCAUUGGCAUCAUAGGAAAUGUUAUCUCCUUUGGUUUGUUCUUGUCACCAGCACCAACUUUCUAUAAAAUUAUAAAGAAGAAGUCGGUGGAGGAGUUCAAGCCUGAUCCUUACGUAGCUACGGUGUUGAAUUGUGCGUUUUGGGUGUUCUAUGGAAUGCCUUUUGUGCAUCCUCAUAGCCUUUUAGUCGUCACCAUCAAUAGCAUUGGGCUUGUGUUCGAGUUCGUAUACCUUGCCAUAUUUUUCACCUACGCAACCACCAAAGGACGAAAGAAGGUGGUGCUUUAUCUUAUCAUUGAGGCUAUUUUCUUUGCUGUCGUUGUUCUUGUAACAAUGCUGGCACUGCAUGGGACUACCCGAAGGUCAUUAAUAGUUGGUAUUCUCUGUGAUGUCUUCAAUAUUAUGAUGUAUGUGUCUCCUCUUACAAUCAUGGCAAAGGUUAUAAAAACAAAGAGCGUGAAAUACAUGCCAUUCUGGCUCUCUCUGACUAACUUCCUGAAUGGUUUGUGCUGGACAUCAUAUGCUCUCAUCCACCCUUUCGACCUCUAUGUUCUGAUCAGUAACAGCAUUGGAGCAGUCUCUGGACUUGUUCAGCUCAUACUGUAUGCUUGCUACUGCUGCAGAGGAGAAAACAAUGAUGAUGUCAAGAAGUCAACUGAGCUUCAAGUCACUGGAAUGCCCCCUGAUGUUGAAGCUUAAUUUCUUCUCUAUGUUUGACUCAUUGAUCUUCUGACGUGCAUAUAUAUUGUAUAUAUAAGCACGGUUUUAUAAUAUGCAUGUGAUAGUGUGAUGCAUACAUAAUUGAGAUUUUUUUUCCUUCAAUUUUAACUAUAGAAUCCUAAAGUAGAGUAGAUAAAUAGAUAUUUUAUAAGACCAUUAUAUCCAAAAGUUUGAGAUUUAUUA